GACUCCCUGCAGUACUACAAGGCUUUGAAUAUCCGCGUGGCUUUAAUCGGACUGGAGGUGUGGACCGACCAGGACAAGAUCGUCGUGUCCAAUAACCCGCACAGCACCUUGGCGGCGUUCCUGUCCUGGAGACGGAAGGAGCUGAAAAAUCUCCCCAACGACAACGCUCAGCUCGUCACGGGGAUGUCAUUCCAGGGCAGCACUAUUGGCUUGGCACCACUUAAAACCAUGUGCUCUGAAUACCAGUCGGGUGGCGUGAACACGGACCACUCGCCACAGUUUGUCGGGGUCGCCGCCACCAUUGCACAUGAGAUGGGCCACAACUUUGGCAUGAAUCACGACAGAGAUGGCUGCUGCCAGGCCAAGGCAGAAGACGGCGGCUGCAUAAUGGCCGCUGCCACCGGGUCUCCGUUUCCCCGCGUGUUCAAUCCCUGCAACCUGAAGGAACUCAAGACUUACCUGAACUCUGGAGGAGGCAAAUGUCUCUUUAACCUGCCGAACAUCGACUCGCUGUACGGAGGACGGCGCUGCGGCAACGGCUACCUGGAGAGCGGAGAGGAAUGUGACUGUGGGGAGGAAGAGGAAUGCACCAGUCCAUGCUGCAACGCCAACAACUGCACCCUGAAAGAUGGAGCCGAGUGUGCCCAUGGAGUCUGCUGCCAUAACUGUAAGAUAAAGAGCACAGGAGAGCUUUGCCGAGGCAAAUCUGGGCUGUGCGAUCUUCCAGAGUACUGCGACGGAAAGUCGGAGUCGUGUCCAGCUAAUUUCUACUUGGCGGACGGUACAUCUUGCGCACACGGGCGGGCCUACUGCUACACGGGCAUGUGUCUGACUCUGGAGCAACAGUGUCAGUUCCUCUGGGGGCGAGAUGCGCGCCCAUCCCCUGACGUGUGCUUUAAAGAAGUAAACAAAGCGGGGGACAUGUACGGCAACUGCGGCAAAGACCAAGACGGAAAGUACAGGAGCUGCAGAGACAGGGAUGCGAAAUGCGGGAAAAUCCAGUGCUCUGCCUCCGCCGCCAAGCCCAUCGAGAACAACGCGGUCCGCAUAGAAACGACGGUCAAAGUGGACAGCAAGAGGACCGAGUACAAGUGCCUGGGGACGCACGUGCACAAGCUCGGCCAAGGGGACAAGGAGCCGCAGGGCGACACUCUGGACCCGGGUCUGGUCAUGACGGGAACCAAGUGUGCUGAUAACUCUAUCUGCUUUAACGGAGAGUGUCGCAAUGCAUCGUUCCUGAGAGCGGAUGACUGCAACGCCAAGUGCCACGGACACGGACUGUGCAACAACAACCAUAACUGCCACUGCGACCCGGGCUGGGCUCCUCCUUGGUGCAACCAGAGUGGGUCUGGGGGGAGUUUGGACAGCGGACCUCCCAGGAAUCCAGGCAUUCUGCUGCCACUGGUGCUUAUUCUGGUUCUCCUCGUGGUUUUGGCUGUUUUUGGACUUUGGUUCUGCUACAAACGUAGACUCGGUCCACUGAAGACCUUUCCUCCGUUGCCAGUGCCAAAAUGUUCAGAGGCAGCUGAAGGUAAACCCAUGGAAACCGAUUCUCACAUCAUCGGUCAUGCCAACCCAACUUUCCUAGCGAAGCAGGAUUUGUCUACCCCUCAUCCGAGCCCGUCGUGCCCAGAUAGGCCCAGGCAGGCGAUCGUGCGGCCGGCGGUGAAGCCGCCGCCCAUCCCCGCCUACACUGCUGAGCACAAAGACGUCAGAAAGAAGCCGCCGGCCCCCGUCCCACCUGCAGCUCGUCCUCCUCAGAAGCAAACAUCUCCUCAGGGACACACCCAGCCUCUCUUUACAGCAGCUCAGGACGCUGGACAGAGACCCAGCCAGGCGUCCGCAAUAUUUCCAGGGCCUCCAUCUUUACCUUCUCAAAACCCUAAAAGGCAGAUGCGACCUGACCCCCCGAAGAGACCGCCGCCGCCCUGUCCAGUCAGCAGGCAGAGUGCGGAUCACCAUAUUGUUCAUGUGAAAAGACUCCAGCCUGCAAAUAAGGUGCUGCGAAGAAAUGACGCUUUGGCUCCAUCUGCUGGUCAGAAAAUGCCAAACAGAGUUUAAACUGGAAGCUCAGGAAGGAACUGGGACCACCUCUUGUAUCCAGAACUGGACUGCCUUGUACUGUUUUUAUUCCAAUCUGCAGUACUGUGGAUUAUGCGAAAUACUUGAUCGUGUAUUUUCACUUAAAGUGCACUGAGGUACUGCAGAGUAGAUCUAAAGCCUCACUAGCAGUUUGCAAACGAACGUGUCUGCUUCAUCCACGUGAAACCGCCAGAGCUGUGAAUUUUAUUCUGGUUUUUUUUUUUUAAUUAUUUUUUUUACUUGAGUGUGCUUGUUGUGGAUGGAAAGUGUUUCAACUAUUUAUUCAAGAAGAGGAAAAUAAUGUUUACAGUUCAGCCUAUGUACCAAACACGGUACUCCAAAGAUCAUCAACCCAGAAUGUCUUAUAUUUAGAAAACAUGUGACCUGUGAAUGAUGUUGGGUAAUAAAUGGCUUUUGGGUGAUGACAGGAUAACCGCAAAAAUCUCACAAGCAUGCUGUAAGUAGGAUAAAUGAUCAAUGUUAAGAAAUGUAAAGGAUGUUUAGCUUUAUAGGUCUUUUUUAAAUUUUAAUUCUUUGUUGUUGUCAUAUUGUGGGUGUACAUCAAAGAGUUGUAGGCCAUUCCACAAUAAUCUAAAUAAUUGUAUCACCUAUGAAACCUUUUUGAAGUCACUUUAAGGUACCUGUUUCAUCCUAAAUAACUUAUAAUUUCUCAUUUUGACUCUGACAAUCUGAUUUUUUCUUUCUUUUUUCUGUGCACUUAUAGUAGUAAUUAAACUGAGCCAUUCAUAUAGUCUACCAAAACCACAACAAUGAUUGUAAUGAUCACAUGUGAUUGUGUAAAAAGUUCAAAGAAAAACUAACACAUUUGGGGAAACUGCAGGCUGGGUCACGUUUUGAAAUGUAAUGUCGUUCGUCCAACUAUUUUCUCAAAAUUGUGGUAAUGUUCACUGAAAUCACUCUGUCAAAUGGCAUGACUUACCUUGUCACCAGACCUAUGCAAAUGGAUGCAGCCGAUGCAUCUGAAACUGGACGUCAAAUAAAAAAAAAACAAAUGUC